GUCACCUACCGAUACCAAACCAACUAUGCACUUUUUGUCAUCGUCUAUCCUCCUUCUUGCCCUUGCCGCGGUGGGUGCUCAGGCACGUCCCCAGGAAGUGGCAGUUCGUGGCCUAUCUGGACAUGUUGAUCCCCGCAACAAAGUCCGCGAUUCUCUCAUUUCCAAACGGCAGACCGAACAAUGCACCGGUGCCUGCUCCGGAGACACCAACACUUUAAAUGCAAUGGCUGCAUGCGCGUCCUCUGGCAGCGCAGAUCCGAUCGGAUCUGGGGAAUGCAUUUGCCAACAAAUGGCCCUUCUCUCCUCCGGAUGCGAAACUUGCAUUUUGAACGAAGAUCAAAUCACUCCUGCAGACUGGGCGCAGACUUGUGCGCAACUCAGCUCUCUCCCACCCAGUGUGCUCAGCACGGCUGCUGGAUCUACAAGCACUGGAUCGAGCUCGGUGUGCACUAGCCAGUGCUCAAGCGCUGGUGACGCGUCUGGAGUAACUGCACUCCUUUCCUGCUCUACGGAAGACACCGCCUGCCUCUGUUCCGCUGCCUCCGGUCUCAGUUCGACCUGCCUGUCGUGCGUCCUCACCUACGCGAACCUUACCCAGAGUCAGAUGGAGCAAAUCUGCUCCUCGGGCACGAUCGCGGGUGGCCCGAGCGGCACAAGCACCGCUGGGAACGCUGCCAACACUUCGAGCAACAAGGCGUCCAACACUGGAGGCGCCAGCAGCCCGUCUACUAGUGCAACCCACUCGGGCACAGCGAAGGUAGCUUUCGGUAUCAAGGGCGCAUUUGUUGCUUGCACCUUUGUCUUUGUGGGUGGUCUGAUGACGCUCUUUUGAUUAUGAAUUCUUCUUCGUAUACCUG